AUGUUGGACACCUUGAGAAGCGACAAAUAUCGACCAAAAGUGGUCAUUUUCACCGUUUAUUUGGCCAUGUUAAUCGACUGUUUGUUGUUUACCAUUGUUGGUAUGUUAAUCAAAAUAUCUUUUGUACCUUUAUUUUUACAUUUUAAAUUAUUAAUUAAGCUUUUUAAUACCUAAAUUAACAAAAAAAAGGUUUGCACGGUGCAAAGACUUUGGCUGCACAGUGCAAUAUUUAUCUUUGCACGGUGCAAAAUUUUUACUUUGCUGUAACUAUUUUUAAAAAGUAAUUUAAAAAGUCAUUUUAGUAGCUCAUAUAACAUCUUUUACUACUGUUUAGAACUGUCGUACUCACUAUGCAAUAACUUUCUUUCCAGUGCUCGAAAACCGCUUUCAAAGACACUGCACAGUGCAAAAAAAGUGAUUGCACCGUGCAAAAAUUAAAAAUCUUUUAAAUUGACUUUCAUUUGUUUUUGCAAGCGCAAAAACUUUGUUUACAGUAGAAAAAUAAUACUAUUCUAUGUUUUUUCAGUCCCAAUCCUACCAGACUACCUAAUUCGUAUCAAGGAUACGAACGACACGUCGUAUCUUGACGCCUCGUUACAUCGUCAAAACAUUUCGAAUUUUACUCAACUCGAGCACGAACAAAGCUACCAUGAAGCUUUUGUGUCUAACAACAUUCCAGUAGCCAUGCUACUGGGCUCCAAAGCUGUUGUUCAGAUCCCGACCGGGCUGAUCGUUUCUCAGAUCACUUAUCGGUAGGCUAUGUCAUUUUAUAUAGGGGCAGGGUAAGACACUGAAAUAAUUAGGGCACGGUGAGGCACGGCUAAUGGGUCAUGGGUAGGGAGUAAGGGUAGGGGGGGGAGUUGGGGAGGGGGUAGGGGUAGUUGAAUAGGAAUAGUUGGAUAAGGGCAGUUGGGUAGGGGGUAGGAGUGGGGGAAAUGGGGUAGGGGUAGUUGAGUAGGUGGAGGUAGGUCGUAUUUAACAAAAAUAAUACCAAUAUGGGUGGGCAGGGUCAUCCCUCCCCCCAAUCCCUAAAUUCAAUCCACCCCUAUCCUGAAUUUGGCCUGCCCUACCCGUACCACUCCCCUUCGGCUGAAAAAUCAAAAAAAAAAUUUUACCACCCCCUUUCUUUCCGAUCUAGAAACUACCACCCCCUUCCUCUUUUUCCCGAUCUAUAAAUUACCCCCCCCCCCCUUUUUCCAAUCUAAAAAAUACCCCCCCCCUUUUUUUUCCGAUUGAAAAUUUACCCCCGCCCAACACUAGCAACGCUAAUAUUUUUUUCAGAAUCGGCUACUCGAUCCCCCUCUUCAUAGGCUUUAUCAUCAUAAUCGUCUCUUCCCUCCUGUUCGCCUUUGCCACUUCUUAUUGGACCCUCUUCUUUGCCAGAUCCCUGAAUGGCGUGGGCAGUGGCUUCACAGCUGUGUCUGGACUAGGAAUGCUAGCCGAGACCUUUCCGGACAAUGUUCAACGAGGCAAGGCGAUCGCUUUGGCCUUUGGUGGCAUAGCUAUUGGGAUCACGGCGGGACCAGUCAUCGGAGGGUUCUUGUACAGUUUCGGUGGUAUUGUACUACCGUUCGGACUGUUGGCUGGGGUUUCGUUGCUUGAGGGAGGUGAGUUUGAAUACGAAUUUUAUUUUUACUAG